GAAAGGCCGUCUUAUGCCCCACCUCCUACCCCAGCUCCUGCAACCCAAAUGCCCAGCACACCAGGGUUUGUGGGAUACAAUCCAUACAGCCAUCUGGCCUACAACAACUACAGGCUGGGAGGGAACCCGGGCACCAACAGCCGGGUCACGGCUUCCUCCGGUAUUACCAUUCCAAAGCCCCCCAAACCCCCAGACAAGCCCCUGAUGCCCUACAUGAGGUACAGCCGGAAGGUCUGGGACCAAGUGAAGGCGUCCAAUCCUGAUUUGAAGUUAUGGGAAAUUGGCAAGAUUAUUGGAGGAAUGUGGCGAGAUCUCACUGAUGAAGAGAAGCAAGAGUAUUUGAAUGAAUAUGAAGCUGAAAAGAUAGAGUACAAUGAGUCCAUGAAGGCCUACCAUAACUCUCCUGCAUACCUUGCCUACAUCAACGCAAAAAGUCGUGCUGAGGCUGCGUUGGAAGAAGAAAGCCGGCAAAGGCAGUCACGCAUGGAGAAAGGUGAACCUUACAUGAGCAUACAGCCAGCAGAAGAUCCAGAUGAUUAUGACGAUGGAUUUUCUAUGAAGCACACAGCCACAGCUCGUUUCCAAAGAAACCACCGUCUCAUCAGUGAGAUACUGAGUGAAAGUGUGGUGCCUGAUGUCCGCUCUGUUGUCACUACAGCUAGAAUGCAAGUUCUUAAACGUCAGGUUCAGUCUUUAAUGGUUCAUCAGCGUAAACUAGAAGCUGAGCUGCUGCAAAUUGAAGAGCGUUUUUUUUCAGAAUCCUUUAACAACGAGCUUAAAAGGUUAUGCAGUUUGAAGGUGGAAGUGGACAUGGAAAAGAUUGCAGCUGAAAUUGCUCAAGCUGAGGAACAGGCUCGCAAGAGGCAGGAGGAAAGGGAGAAAGAAGCAGCUGAGCAAGCCGAACGCAGUCAGAAUAACAUCGCAGCUGAGGAGGAACAGGCAGCUAACAAGAUAGAGGAGAAGAAAGAAGAGGAGAGUGUUCCAAUGGAGACAGAAGAGCCUCACCCAGAAGAGAGCACAGAAAACCAGCAGAAUGGUGAAGAAGGAACAUCGACCCCAGAUGAUAAGGAGAGUGGCCAAGAAGGGGUCGAUAGCACUGCAGAGGAGGGAACCAGUGACAGCAACACUGGUUCAGAGAGCAAUAGCGCGACCGUUGAAGAGCCUCCCGCAGACCCUAUCACUGAGGACAGCGAGAAGAAAGAAUAA